AUGGAUAUUAAAAACAAGACACGAGUGACCAUGUUUGAGUUUUCUGGACUGACUGAUGAUGAAGAACUUGUCCCGUUCCUCUUCACAUUCUUUUUUCUGGUUUAUAUGGUGACCAUAGUAGGAAAUAUGGGGAUGUUAGCCGUUGUCUGUGUAUGCUCCAGCCUUCACACUCCGAUGUAUUACUUCUUGGGUAGCCUUUCUCUGGUGGAUAUUUUGUACUCCUCAGUUAUCACUCCGAAUUUGUUGUCUCACUUCCUUUCCUCAAAGAAGUCCAUAUCAUUUCUUGGCUGUGCCCUCCAGUUUUACUUCUUUUGCUCGCUGGUAUGCAGUGAGACUCUUCUUCUCUCCACCAUGUCCUAUGACCGCUAUGUGGCUAUCUGCCACCCUCUCCACUACACCUUGAUAAUGACCAAGAAGAAAUGUUUCGGUUUAGUCUUUUCUUCUUCUUUUGUUAGCUUCUUACAAUCAGUUGUGCAGACCAGUUGUGUGUUCAGUCUUCCAUUCUGUGGAUCAAACCAUAUUGACCAUUUCUACUGUGACAUCGCGCCGCUGCUCAAAUUGUCCUGCUCCAGCACUCUUCAUUGUAAUAUUGUGACUGGCAUCCUUGUAGCAGUCUGUGGAAUGUAUACAAUGAUGACAAUCUUCCUCUCAUAUACUUUCAUAUUUAUCUCAAUUUUUAGAAUGGCAUCCACUAAGGGCAGACAGAAGGCCUUCAGUACAUGCUCCUCACAUAUUAUUUGUGUCUUGAUCUUCAUGACAGCCGUCUUUUUUGUCUAUCUGCGUCCUCAUUCAGGGACCUUUGACAAACAAGACAAAAUGGCUUCUGUCUUCUAUACAAUAAUUACUCCAAUGCUGAAUCCCCUUAUCUACGGCCUGAGGAACCAAGAGGUGAAGCGGAUCUUUGUCCAAACAAUUCUGAAGUAUUUCUGA